AGUGGUGUCAUCUCUGUAGCUCUCGACAAAAAGUAGUUUUAAUCGAGCAAGCAAGAUAUAAGAACUACAAAGGAAAGAAGGAAACUCACGAAAGCACUUGAACCGACAAUAAUCAUCACCAAAAGCUAGCAACACUUGUAAGGAGGACAGCCAAGACAACACUUGGCCGAGCAACGACGAGAACACGAUAUAACUCCACGCUGACCCACAGCCGGAUGAAGAUCACACCCUACGCCACACAACAAAGAAAAUACGUACACAUGCUCGCCAUGCACGCCAGGAAGAUCCAAGUCUUAUUCGGGAAGCAGCAUUGAAGAGGAUAAGCCCGGGGUCGCCAAUGGGUCUCCUCCACAGUAGAGCGAAGGCUUGCACUGGAAUAGAAACAGCCAGUCGCAGCAGCUGAGUCAUCCAUUCCAAACGAAGAAACUUUUGGAGAACUUGCCUGAAACGGGAAUUUUUGUAGCCUUAUGAUGUGCUCAUGAGGUUGUUCGUAGUAGAAGUAGUCGCCCUUGGCAGCGGGGCGGGAUGGAUUCUUAAGGUCCUCUAAGUCGCGACUGAUCGAGGAGCAAACGGUCCAGGAUCCUCGCUCGCAAGGCAUUGUCGUUGUUAAAUGUCUUUAUGACGCUAUAGUCUGCUGUGCUGGGUAAAAAAUGCGAUUUUGAUCGUUUUGCUGCGGCCCCUUGGAGCUGAAGUAGCCGCAGCUCAACGGUUUGUGUUGGCCCGAUUAGAUCACGCCUGGAAAACAGCAGGAAAAAAAGGAAUGAGGAGCUAGCAAAAAGAAGAGUAGUAGUAAGACAGGAAGUCACUUACACGAGGGAGAGGCUGCAAGGAAGAGCUCCAGGAAAGAACCAGCCAAGAUGGUGUUUUUGUUGCCCAUCAUCGCCUCAUCCUCGAUGCCACCUCUCCUUCCAUCUGUAGAUCCCAGCUCCGAUGAAGACUCUGAAGUACCGUGUGGAUUCGAGCCCAAAGUCGCGAUUGUGGUCGGGAUCCUCGCAGCUCUUCUCUGUGUGACGUUCUUCCUCGUCCUCUACGGCCGGCAUUGCAAGAGGGUGCUCUCGUCGCGAGCCGCUGCCGUAGCCUCCAGCCCCGCGACUGGAAACGGGAAUUUCUCCUCCACUCGCCACCACCAUGUCCAAGGCGGGGCUUUGAGGCUACCACUCGACUCCCACGGCACCCUCUCCCAGUGGCUCGUCGAUGCUCUCCCGAAGCUCCAGCCUUCGCUCAAGCUUCAGGGAGUCGGAGUUCUCGGCGUGGACGAGUGCCCGGUUUGCUUGUCAAAGUACGAAGGCGGUGAUCUUCUCCGGCUCUUGCCGCGGUGCAAGCACGUCUUUCAUGUUGUCUGCGUCGACAAGUGGCUUGCGUCUCGUCCCAGCUGCCCGGUUUGUCGGACGUUCGUCUCGUGUCAGGACAUCGUCGAUCUCGAAAAUUACUAUCUUCACCACGAGGAGCAGCCGGAGUGCCACCACCAAGAACGGGCUUCUCCUCCACCGCAAGAGCUCGGCCCUCAAAUUCCAAGUCCCGCUGCUCUUGUGAUCGAAGUGGCUUUAAAAGCUGGCAACGACGAGCUCGAUGAUCUCUCUUCGUCGUCCUCGUCAUCUUGCUUUCGUCCGGUGAAACCUGGGUCGCAAAUCUCCUCCAACCUGUCCACUGGCGGCAGUCACUCUGGCCAUUCUGAAUUGGCCGCGAUGAGAAGAAGCGCGUCUCUGGAUUCAUCGUUUAGAUACAGCAGCUUCUUCAGUCCGAAACUUAAGCCUUCUUCUUCCUUCGCACAUAGAAGCAUCUGAUUCUGGAAAUAAAAGAGAAUUUAUAGAUUA